CUCAUGAUUAUGACGCGUUUAUUGAAUCCUGUAAGAGGCAUUCUUCGGCAACGCUAUCCGAGCACGCGUACGAUCUCUAGCAGCCCGCGCGUUUUAUCCCCGGACACUCGAAUCGAGGAGACGCUGCUACAUUAUAAUCCGACGCAUUACUACCCUGUGAAGAUCGGAGCGGUGUAUCAUGAUCGAUACAUAAUUACUGGGAAACUGGGAUACGGAGCUUAUUCGACGAGUUGGCUAUGUCGGGAUCUCAAGUACAUACAAAGCCCGGAUUUGGAAGAUCCAAGAAACGGGGCCGUUUGUUCAGCCGCAUAUAUACAGAGCGCCGGAGGUUAUAUUUGAGAUGCCGUGGGAUAGUAAGAUUGAUAUAUGGAAUCUUGCAUGUCUUAUAUGGGAUUUGUUUGAAGGGGAGCACUUGUUUGGCGACAUAUUCGAUGCUGGAGGGCAUGAUCCGUUCAAACACCUGGCUCUUAUGGUGGCAUUUAUUGGGUCACCGCCGAGCGAAUUCGUCCGCCGGAGUGAGACAACUGAGCAGUGCUUUGAUGGCAGUGGUACCUGGAUUGCUCAAGAUGAAGCGCUGAUACCGUCCAUCUCUCUUGACACUCUAGAGAAAUGCCUCGCAGGUGAAGAGAAAGCCCUGUUUCUACU